AUGUCCCAAUUUCAGGGGGAGAAAACAAGCCGUCUCCGCAUUUCGAUUCCCCUUUGACUCUUGGCUCUCUGUUUUCCGGGCCUCAGAUCUUUUCAGAGAAACAGAGAUGGCAGGAGGUGGUUCUUCUAAUGUAGAGAUCAGCUAUGAUCAACCCUUGUUGCUUAAUAGUGGUAGUGGAUUUAUUGAAGGUGUUGUUGAUUACAGAGGUGAAAAAGUGAGUAAUACCAAUAGAUACAAAUUUGGUGGAUGGAGAUCUGCAUCAUUUAUAAUUGGAGCUGAAAUGGGUGAAACAGUUGCUAACUAUGGAAUUGCUUCAAAUCUCAUCAAUUACUUAACUGGUCCUUUAGGUCAGUCAACAGUUUCAGCAGCAGCUAAUGUUAAUGUUUGGGCUGGGGUUAUGUGGAUUCUUCCUCUUUUUGGUGCUUUUGUUGCUGAUUCUUAUCUUGGCAGAUUUCGAACCGUCUUCUUCUCUUCUCUCAUCUAUGUUCUGGGACUGGGGUUGAUAACUACAUCAGUUGUGCUUCCUGCUCAUGAUUGCCCAAAUGAUACAGCGAACAACACGCCUUGUUCAUCUGCAUCUUCUUUCAAAGUCAUAUUUUUCUUUACUUCUUUGUAUUUAGUAGCAGUUGGGAAAGCUGGAUUUAAGCCAUGUGCAGAAGCUUUUGGUGCUGAUCAGUUUGAUGGACAAAAUCCCGAGGAAGCUGAAUCUAAGAGCUCCUUCUUCAAUUGGUGGUACUUUGGAUUAUGCAUUAGUAGUACCUUUUCCCUCUUAAUCUUGACGUAUGUGCAAGAUAACUUGAAUUGGGGUCUUGGAUUUGGCAUUCCAUGCAUUUCCAUGUCAUUUGCACCCGUUGCUUUCUUGCUUGGAAGAAAAACUUACCGAUACAGUCUGAAAGAGGAUAAGCAAAACCCAUUAUUAGCAAUAGCUCAAGUUUUCAUCACAGCUGCCAAAAACUGGAGAAUCACCUCGUCAUCUGAUACUACCCAAUUAGAGGAAGACAGUGUAAUUCCUCAUCACAAUCGUGUUGGUGUUCAUCAAUUCAAGUUCUUGGACAAAGCACUGAUUGAUACAACAAGUAUUUCCAUGGAAUCGAGGGUGAACGAAAAACCAUGUAGCAUCAGGCAAGUUGAAGAUGCAAAGGUGGUGCUACGUUUGGUUCCUAUUUGGACAACUUGUUUGAUUUAUGCUGUUGUCGUUGCUCAAUCCACCACCUUUUUUACUAAGCAAGGUAGCACCAUGGAUAGACUAAUAGGAUCAAACAUCCAAAUACCACCCGCAUCACUUCAAGCCCUUAUUAGCUUGUCAAUCAUUUUCUUCAUGCCCAUAUAUGAUCGUGUAUUUGUCCCUUUUGCUCGAAAUUUCACUGGAGAACCCAAUGGAAUAACAAUGCUUCAAAGACUCGGCUGUGGUAUGUUUUUAUCUACCCUAGCCAUGGUGGUAGCAGCUGUUGUUGAGAAGAAAAGACUUCAAACCGCUGUAGAUUUUGGAUUGAUUGACCUGCCAAAAGGAACAGUUCCAAUGAGUGUUUGGUGGUUAAUUCCUCAAUAUUUAUUGCUCGGUCUUACUGAAGUUUUAACCAUGGUUGGCUUGCAAGAAUUCUUCUACGAUCAAGUUCCAGACGGGUUGAGGAGCAUGGGUGUUUCCAUUUACUUGAGCAUUUUUGGCGUGGGAAACUUCGUAAGUGGUUUUCUCAUCUCUGUCAUAGAGAAGGUAACUAGUGGUUGCGGUCGGCAUAGCUGGUUUCCUGACAAUCUCAACCGUGCACAUCUUGAUUAUUUUUAUUGGUUUCUGGCGGGACUUAGUGCCGUAGACUUGGUUGCUUACUUAAACUUUUCUAGUUGUUAUGUUUAUAAACGCAAAGCUUCAGCAUAAGGGUAUGUUAAACAACUCAAGCUUGUCAGUAUCCUUUAUUAGCAAUUUUCUUACUGCUUUCCUGUAUAGUUUUUGAAUGACUAUGUUGAAUCUGUAUAAAGCUAAAUUGUGACCACCGCUCCAUUUGAUCA